AUGGCUUUUUCAAAUCCACAUUUUCGCGGUUCACAAUUGCUGUCUCCGCCCACUGCGAUACACUCCUUAAACUUUCAGGCACAUCCUGGAGACGUCUCUGUAUGACUAGUACCAUAUGCAUCAGCAUAAAACGUGAACCAGCGCUGCUGCGUCGUUGUUACACAUUUUACUUGCGAUUCAAUCUCUCCUACACCACGUUUGGCUCGUCAUGCCAACCCAACGGCAGUUUCGGCGGACCAGUCCAAUCACGUACGUGUUCGCUAUAACACUAUUCAUCGGACUAGUCUAUCUCAUAUUCUCUGGCGACGACACAUCCCCAUUACCGACCAAGCAAGUUAUGGGCAGGCAGGGAACCGCAACGAGCGACCGCUCACCACCGUCAUUACCCUUUCGCAAAUCGAAUUCGAAGGGACCGAUAGUACCUCCACCCGUUGUACAUUAUCGCAUGAACAAUGCAACACAAUCGACCGACCCACUAAAGAACCGGGAGACAGUGUUAAUACUUACACCACUUGCAAAGUUCUAUCAAGAGUACUGGGAAAAUCUAUUGAAACUGAGCUAUCCUCAUGACCUAAUAUCGCUGGGGUUUAUCAUACCGAAAGGAAAGGAUGGUAACGCGGCGACAGCAGCUUUACAAGCUCAGGUCGCAAAGACACAGGCAGGUCCCCAAAAGAAAAGAUUCGCUAGUAUCACGAUCUUGCGACAAGACACAGAGAGCCCAGUGUCGCAGGUCGAAACUGAGCGACACAAGAUGGAGAACCAGAAGGCGAGAAGAGCCGCUAUGGCGAAAGCGCGGAAUUCACUACUUUUCACAACGCUAGGACCAUCCACGUCCUGGGUUCUCUGGCUGGAUGCCGAUAUCAUAGAGACUCCUCCGGACCUCAUCCAAGACCUCGCGCGACACGACAAACCAAUCAUAGUGCCUAAUUGCUUCCAACGACAUUUUGACAAAGACCUGGGUACGUGGGAGGUGCGGCCGUAUGAUUACAACAACUGGGUAGACAGCGAAGUCGCACAGGAGAUGGGAUCAAAAAUGGCGAAUUACGAUAUUCUACUGGAAGGAUACGCCGAAAUGCCCACAUAUCGAACUCUAAUGGCGAAGCUCAAUGACGAAUCGCAAAGUAAAGACAUGGUGAUGCAGCUUGACGGUGUUGGUGGGACAGCAUUGCUCGUCAAGGCCGACGUGCAUCGUGAUGGAGCAAUGUUCCCGCCCUUCGCAUUCUACCAUCUCAUUGAAACGGAAGGCUUCGCCAAGAUGGCCGCCCGACUAGGCUGGAAGUCCUGGGGCUUGCCGAAUUAUUUCGUCUACCAUUAUGACGAAUAAAUGUAUUAUCUAGGUUUACCCUCGUGUGUUUUGUUCUGCGCGCAAAAACACAUCGGGCGGCGUUAUGAUUUCACGAGCUUACACAUGACCGGCGCUUGGUCUUAAUGCGACAGUUGUUUACACUAUCAACAGACGAAUAUAAACGUAUUCCCAGCGAUGCAUGACUUGCAUUGCAUGUACAUUUCUGUUAUUAUCUUGUUCUCAC